UGGCUUGGCAAUCUCUGGCUAGGAAAGACCUGAAACUGGAUAGUGUGGUUGUUGGAGGGCACAUGAGCACCAGAAAACUCCUCCUCAAACCGGGCCUGUGGUUUGGCUUCUGGAAUUGCCCAUGGAAUUGGCCGCAAGAAGGUAUUACCUCCACUAUUGCUGCUAACACGCGCAUGUUGGGCCGACAAGCAAGAAGUAAUAGAGGAAAAAUAAGGUUGAGGGCAAGGGAUCUCUAUUUGCUCUUUGGAGGUGAGCCGGUUCAGAGAAGAGAUCUAAUAUAGAUUUGGAGGUUUGGUGUGCAUUCGAGAGUUGCAUUUUUUAUCUAAAAGAUGGCUUGAGAUUAGGCUCCCUACCACGCAGGUUUUGAGUCGACAUGAGAUGAAUCUUUCUUCGAUUUGUCCUUUUUGUGAUAGGGAGGAGUUCAUGAAAUACACCUUGUUUCAAUGCGAUGAUACAUUUGGAGACUAAUAUGUUGUAAUUGAGCUUCAAAGCGGCUCCAGUAGCGUGCAAAAGCCAAUUGUUAUUCCAGGGGCGUAUAUUAUUUAUCAUAUUUGGCUGAUUGGGAAUAUCUGGAUCUUUGAAGAAAACAAGUAUUUACUGAGAUUUAUCUUGAAGAGAGUUUGAACACAAGUCAAGGAGAUUAUUAGAUCACAUGCCAAUGAUGAGUCUUUGAUAAUUUGAGAUAUCUAUGGCUCCUCAUCAAUCUCUAUAGCAAUCAGAAUGAUCUUCAUCUUUUGGAAGCCCCCACUCUAAAGUUCCUCAAGGUUAACUUCGACAUCUUUAUGAUUGGCGGCCUUGAUUACACAUUUAUCAUGACAGGUGAGACACCAUUAUUUGAUGUCUCAGUUCCGAAGGCAGAAUUGAGAGUAGCAUAAGAGGGCAUGAAAUAUGCUGUGCAAGUGCUUAAGAUAGAAUCCAUUAUGCUAGAGGGAGAUUCGGCAAUAACGGUUGACUGAAUCUGGAGUCAAACUAGAAAAACUUUGCCUUCCUUUCUAUCGAAAGAUGUUUGAGCAUUGGUGAAUAAAAGUACUUUCUUAAUAGCCAGACAUAUAUAUUGGGGGGGGCGAAGAGAUUACGAACUAAAUAACCUCCUUUUGUUGCAAAGCACCAUAUGAAAAUCUCAUGAAUGAAUUAAAAGAUAUUUUAUUUUCUGAUUUUCUUGAGGUACUUACGUCAGACCAGUGUAAACAACCAUUUUUGGCAGGAAAAAGAAAAGCCAGGACAACUCUGAAAAUAAUGGUGUUUCUCGGUUGAUCAGCUGCCCUCCAUUUGAAGAGGCCCAAAAUCUUCUAACUUCAAAUUGAGCUCUCUUUCAUUCCUCCGAGGAGCGAUGAAGUGCUCGCGACGCCACUUUCAAAGGAAGUGUUGGCGACGCCAAGCGAAGAGCUGACGAAACCACGCAACGUAGACCACGACAAUGCAACCGAUAGCCUCUCGCCGCCCAAAGCUAGCCUUGGGCGGUGAAGCGGUCGCCACUUCACAAACUCUCUUCCGGCUCCUCCUCCGCUGCGCGGAGCAAAAGAACCUCCAGAGCGGAAGCUCCAUCCACGCCCACAUCAUCAAAAGUGGCUCUUGGGCGCACGUCCUCCUCGCCAACAGCGUCGUCAUCAUGUACGCCAAGUGCGGCCACCUGGCCACAGCCGCUGCCGCCUUCGAUGCGAUGCGCUCCAGGGACGUCGUCUCCUGGAACUCCCUCAUCAACAGCUACUCCCACCAGCCCCCUCCUCAUUCCAACGCCGUCUUCAAACUCUUCAAACGGAUGCGUGCUGACGGCGGCGUCCAUGUCCUUCCGAAUGCUUUCACCUUCGCCGGCGUGUUCACUGCUGCAUCGGCAUCGCACGCGCUAUCUGCCGGUAGAGAGGCUCACUGUGUCGCGAUCAAGACGGCGAAUUGUGAUGAUAUUUUUCUAGGAAGCUCUUUGCUCAGCAUGUAUUGUAAAGUGGGACUUCUCGCCGAUGCUCGCAUGGUGUUCGAUAGGAUGCUGCAGAGGAAUUCGGUCUCUUGGGCAGCCAUGAUCUCGGGGUACGCUGUGGAUAAGCAUGGGGCCGAGGCUUUCGAGCUCUUCAGAUCAAUGCUGGAGGAAGGUGAAUGCGAUACGAAUGAGUUUGUGAUCACCAGCAUUCUUAGUGCGGUGAGUCUUCCUGGGUUUCUUGAAAUGGGUGAGCAAGUCCAUGGUCUUGCCAUCAAGAAUGGUUUGUCCUCCUUUCUGUCGGUGGAGAAUUCUCUAAUCACAUUGUAUGCAAAGUGUGAACGCAUGGAUGAGGCACUGCUGAUGUUUGAAUCGUCGAGUGAAAAGAACUCCAUCACAUGGUCUGCGAUGAUCACUGGGUAUGCACAAAAUGGUGAUUCAAGAAAGGCGCUGUCACUGUUUUCACAGAUGCAGUUUGCAGAAAUCAGGCCGAGUGAGUUCACAUUCGUUGGUGUCCUCAAUGCAUGCAGUGAUGUGAUGACUUUGAUCGAAGGAACGCAGGCUCAUGGUUUCUUGUUGAAGCUGGGAUUCGAGCUUCAGGUAUACGUCAAGACUGCACUGGUCGACAUGUAUGCAAAGUGUGGCAGCAUUGAUGAUGCAAGAAAAGGAUUUGAUCAGUUGCAUGAGGCUGAUAUUGCCCUAUGGACCUCCAUGAUUGGAGGCUAUGUGCAGAAUGGGGAGCAUGAAGAAGCCCUGACAUUAUAUGGCAGGAUGGGGAGGGAGGGCAUUUUGCCUAAUAAUCUUACCAUGGCUAGCAUCCUUAGAGCUUGUUCUAGCCGUGCAGCCUUGGAGCAAGGAAAGCAGAUACAUGCCCAAACUCUUAAAUAUGGAUUUAGUUUGGGCAUUCCCAUGGGAAGUGCUUUAUCUACCCUGUAUGCAAAGUGCGGGAAUCUCGAAGAUUGCAACUGUGUGUUCAGACGAAUGCCUGAAAGGGAUGUUGUUGCUUGGAAUUCAAUUAUAUCAGGAUUUUCUCAAAAUGGAUGUGGACAUGAAGCUCUGGAUCUUUUUGAGGAAAUGAAGCUGGAGGGUACCAAACCAGACCAUGUUACAUUUGUCAACCUCCUCGGUGCUUGUAGCCACAUGGGUCUAAUUGACAGAGGAUGGGGCUACUUCAGAUCAAUGCACAAUGAUUAUGGAUUAGUUCCAAGGGUGGAACACUAUGCUUGCAUGGUUGAUAUCCUUAGCCGAGCUGGGAUGCUAGAGGAAGCCAAAGACUUCAUAGAGACAGUCCCCAUUGAUCAUGGAACAUGUUUGUGGCGUAUUGUUCUGGGGGCCUGUCGCAGCUAUCGCAGUUUUGGUAUAGGAGCAUAUGCUGGAGAGAGACUGAUGGAAUUGGGCUCGCAGGAUUCUUCUGCUUAUAUUUUGUUGUCGAACAUAUAUGCCGCAUGGAGCAGAUGGGAUGAUGUGGAACGGGUGAGAAGGAUGAUGAGCUUCCGGGGGGUAAACAAGGAGCCAGGGUGCAGUUGGGUUGAAAUUAAGAGCAGAGUUCAUGCUUUUGUUGUUGGGGACCUGCAGCAUCCUGAAAUGAAGGAUAUAUAUGCAGAAGUGAGAAGAUUGCUAGACCACAUGACUGAUGAAGGUUAUCGUCCUGCUUCUGGGUUGCCAUUUUGUGAUUAUUUAUAAUCCAGGUCAGGACAUCAGAGUAGAGAAGAGUUACAAUUGAUAGCAUCAGCUGCUUUUUGACCCAUUCUGGGAAGAUAAUACUUUACAAUAUCAGAUGACAGCAAACAUAAAGUCCACUUUGCAGGCUGGCAUUCAAUAAAGCAGUGCAACAGUGACAUUCUCUCAAAACAUCAUGCUUCUGAUUCUUUGGUAGUCUUGCUAGCCAGACUGCUUGCCAUCAGAUUAGGCACAAGCUUGUUGGCUAAUAUAAGAUGGUAAUUCAAUCUACCUUUAAGAGUUCUUAGUUCUCAAGAAUGACAUGGAUAAUAGAAUUACUUAUAUAUGAUUUGCCAAGAAGCAGAUAUAUAAAGCAAUUGGAUAGGUGAAAUGUGGAAAGCUUCCUAUCAAAUUGCAGAUCGCUGUCCAUGCGGAGAAGAGCAAACCUAGUUAUUGUGAAAACCAUAUCAAAAUAUCUGUCUACAAGCUGCAGAAACCAGCUUUUUUGGUAAGUGAGGAGGCUAGGAGAAUGAAGGGAGUGACAUGCAUGGAAAUCUCCAUUGUUUUUCUUUGCUUUUCUCAUGGUAUAAUUGAAUUGAUAGAGGUAAUUUGCAUUAUUUCUUCUCAAUAUGGAAGCACUGGCCAUAGUAGGAAGAAUGUUAUAAACACUAGAGUAGACCUUGGUUCAAAUUUAAAGCCCAGGUCCAAGAAAAUUAUAGUUAAAUUUCUCCAUGCAUGCAUGGCCAAUCUAUCUACAAUGUUGUGUUUUUCCAAAUUCCAGAACACAGAGCUAUCUAGCCUAACAAUAUUUUUUUACAAAUACACUCUCAUUGCCAAAUUUUAACAAAAAAUGAUAAAGGUCUUGUGUGUAAACCAAGAUUCAUGUUAUAUAACACAUGCGAGGAUGGUGACCUCGGUACAUAUAUGACAAUAAUAUCAUUAUUUUACUGCAUAAUAUGAUUUAUAAUUUUAUUUUGUAGGUCUUCUUUCUAAUUUUUAUCUCUGGUUUGUAUUUGUGUUUUUUCGGCCCUCCAUGAUACGUUUACCGUUUUUGUUACGAACAAUGAUCUUUCAAAGAAUCCAGGGUGA